AUGGCCGACACAGAGAGUUUGGUGGACAUCCUAUAUGUCGACACCUUCAACCAGAUGGGCAUUAACAAAUCUCACCUACUCCCCUGUAGAGGAUCCCUCAUCGGAUUCACCAACCACUCUCUUUUGCCAGAAGGGAUGAUUACUCUCCCCUCAACAAUUAGAGAGCACCCUAGGCAAACCACCAUCCAAGUCCAGUUCCUGGUGAUAGAUCUCAAGUCGGCCCAUAUUAUCAUCCUAAGUAGAACCGUCCUCCAUCUCUUGCGGGCUAUUCCAUCAACUUACCACCAGAUGGUCAAGUUUUCGACCCCUAAUGGAGUCGGAGUCGCCAAGAGCAAUCAGCAAGAGGCCAGGUCCUACUACCUGCUCUCGACUAAGGGUAAGGGUGCGCAAGACUCCAUGCCCAUUGAGCUAGCCUGCCUCCAGUUGGAGAAAACAAUGGAGCAGCAGAGGACUAUACCAAUGGAAGAGCUUAAGGAGAUACACAUUGACUGA